AUGGCUGAAGGAAAUGAGGAUACCAUGGAGCAAUUCCUCAACCCAUCAUUUGCACUUGUCACUGAUGCCAUCAUCAUUCCACCAAUCCAGGCCAAUAAUUUUGAAGUUCAUCCGGCCUUCCUGCAGCUAUUCCAGAGUAACCAAUUUUCAAGGGAAGACGACUAUGAUCCCAAUCUUCAUGUGUCAGGAUUUUUGGAACUAUGUCGUCUUCACAAGCAUAAUGGAGUUAGCACUGAUGUUAUCCGUUUGAUACUGUUUCCUUUUACACUGAAAGGAAAAGCAAAGGAAUGGCUAAGGAAUGAACCAGAAGGAAGCAUCACUUCAUGGGAUGAUUUGGUGAUUAAAUUUAGAAAUAAGUUCUUUACUCUUUCUAAGUUCAUGCAGAAGAAGCGAGAGAUUGACCAUUUCUCUCAGAAUGAUGGUGAAUCUUUUGGAGCGGCUUGGAGGAGAUUCAAAGGCUUAUUGACCGCUUGCCCACAAUAUGCUCUUCAAGAGGGAGAUAACAUGGUAUAUGCCCUGCUGAUAGAAAAUUUCUGA